UGUCAAUUCUGCGGAGGGUGUACCGUCACUAUUUUCAGCGAGUGCGAUCUGUUGUUAUAUUGGUUGCACCUGUGGAUGGUAAAAAACCCGUGUAAAUUAGUGAAAUUUUCAAAGAAAAAAGUGCUGUUUCAAUCACAUUUCGUGGUAGAAAUCAGAACCGGCUGAUUUAUAAGUGCUCGCGAUGGGAAUCAAAUUUCUUGAGGUGAUAAAACCGUUCUGCAGUAUUCUGCCGGAAAUCGCGAAACCCGAACGAAAAAUUCAGUUUCGCGAGAAGGUACUAUGGACUGCCAUAACACUGUUUAUAUUUUUGGUCUGCUGCCAAAUUCCACUCUUUGGCAUCAUGAGUUCCGAUUCGGCCGAUCCGUUCUACUGGAUCCGUGUCAUUUUGGCGUCAAACCGAGGUACCCUGAUGGAGUUGGGUAUUUCUCCGAUUGUGACAUCUGGUUUAAUCAUGCAACUUCUGGCAGGAGCCAAAAUAAUUGAAGUGGGUGACACUCCCAAGGAUCGAGCAUUGUUCAAUGGAGCACAGAAAUUGUUUGGAAUGGUUAUAACAGUGGGGCAAGCGAUUGUUUACGUUAUGACUGGAAUGUACGGAGAUCCGGCGGAGAUUGGAGCCGGUGUCUGUCUGUUGAUCAUUAUUCAACUGUUUGUAGCCGGAUUGAUUGUGCUGCUAUUGGACGAAUUGCUGCAGAAAGGUUACGGACUGGGAUCAGGAAUUUCACUGUUCAUAGCCACCAACAUCUGUGAAACCAUUGUGUGGAAAGCAUUUUCUCCAGCGACGGUCAACACUGGACGUGGUACAGAGUUUGAGGGAGCUGUUAUUGCAUUAUUCCAUCUAUUAGCGACCCGACAGGACAAAGUUCGUGGUCUACGAGAAGCCUUUUAUCGCCAAAACCUGCCAAAUCUCAUGAAUCUUCUUGCGACCGUUCUCGUUUUUGCAGUAGUAAUAUAUUUCCAGGGCUUCCGAGUGGAUCUCCCGAUUAAAUCUGCCAGAUAUCGCGGCCAGUACAGCAGCUAUCCUAUCAAAUUAUUCUACACAUCAAACAUCCCGAUCAUUCUACAGUCGGCUCUCGUUUCCAAUCUGUACGUCAUAUCGCAAAUGUUGGCAGUUAAAUUUCAUGGAAAUAUAUUGAUCAAUUUGCUAGGCGUGUGGGCUGAUGUUGGUGGUGGUGGUCCGGCCCGUUCGUAUCCGAUUGGUGGUCUAUGCUACUAUCUUUCGCCACCCGAAUCACUUGGACACAUCGUUUCCGAUCCAAUCCAUGCCGUUCUGUACAUUGUGUUCAUGCUGGGUUCGUGUGCAUUCUUCUCCAAAACAUGGAUCGAUGUUUCCGGUAGCUCGGCUAAGGACGUUGCCAAACAGCUCAAAGAACAGCAGAUGGUCAUGCGUGGUCAUCGGGAAAAUUCGAUGAUUCAUGAAUUGAAUCGGUACAUCCCAACGGCGGCUGCAUUUGGUGGUCUAUGUAUCGGUGCUCUCUCCGUGCUGGCCGAUUUUAUGGGUGCCAUCGGUUCCGGAACCGGUAUCCUGCUGGCCGUCACAAUCAUCUAUCAGUACUUCGAGAUCUUCGUUAAGGAACAAAGCGAAAUGGGUGGAAUGGGUACGCUACUAUUUUAGAUCGUUGGCAGUGUUGUAUCUUGCGAGAUAUGAUCUUUUACUUUUUGCUUAAGUUAAGCGCAUUUCGUGGUAUGUGUGCAAAACAGCAGCGGCAAGGAAAUCACUACAAUUUAUGUAAACAAAAGAGUAAAUUGUAAACUGAUUUCAGAAAAGCAUACAAGAGAACAAGUUAUAAGUAGAAUCUGGCUGCUGAUUCGGGCGAGUGGCUUAGUUUCGUAGAUAAUGUGAGACGUCUUUUCAAACUGAAACCAGAAGUUAUUGUUUACGUAUAAUUUUAGUUCAUUCCUUAUAAAAAAACUAAUACAAUAUUGUACUAAAAACGCUAUAAUAGCGGAGAUGAUGUCAAUAAAAAUGUGUAGAAUAAUGAAUAA